AUGAGUGUGAGAGUUAAACUUGAUAAUAAAGAAAGAGGUUAUUAUGCCUCAUUGUAUUAAGCAGUUGAUGCAACAGUAUUUAAAUAUAUAAUACUAUUAGAAUACAGGCUAAAUUGGAGGAGCCUAAGCAGUCACAUUUUUCAAAAGGUCUGGAUUAUCAAUUGAUAUUCUUAAGAAGAUUUGGUUAAUUAGUUCACCAAAUAAUUAAACUUUAAAUAAAGAGGAAUUCUAUGUUGCUCUUAAGCUUAUCAGUUAUGCACAAAACAAUAUUGAGGUUUCCAUUGAUUCCAUUUAAAGAUGCAUUCCAAGUUCAUUACCAUAAUUUUAAUCUGAUACAGAAGAAGUCUAUAAACUAAGACCAGAAUAGGAAAGGUUAUAUUAGAAUUAUAUAUAAUAAUUGGAUCAUUCCAAUUCAACAGUAUAAUUAUUUAUAUUUAUUAGGUCUCAACUUAAAUGGCUAUAAAUUUAUUCAAAAAAACACAACUCACUUAAUUCUAAUUAUAGAAUAUCAUCAAUCUAGUAGAUCCAAGUUUAUAAACAAAACCAAGAAUGACUACCCAUUCCUAUAUUGUUAUUGCCCAUCUAAUAUCUUUAGCAUCUUAGAGUGUACCUAUACCAUAAAAAUUACCAAACUCCUUAUCAGAAUAUUUAAAUUAACAAAUAUUGAUAUCAUAAAAUCUUAAUAAUAAUAUUAAUAAUACACCUAUAAAUGUUGUACCUAAAUCAAAUGAUUUAUUAGAUUUUGAAGCAAAUUUUGAUAAAUCUAAAUCUCCUAUUGAUAAAUGUAUAUAUUCUUAUUAGACUAUUUAGAUAGUGCUUUCAAUUAUAUUGAAAUUCCAAAUACUAGUAUUGAAUCAACUGUUUAAUAAUAACAAUAACCUUAAUUAACUACAUCUUAAUCAUUCAAAAUACCAUCCACAUAAAAUUAAUAACCAAUCUUAAAACAACAAAAAUCAUUUGAUUUAAUUAUUAAUGAUAAUGAUUCGCAACCAUAAUAAAUUAUCUAGUAACCUAUACCAUAAUAAUAGUAAGUGACUACUAUAUAAUCAUAGACAAGUACAUAAUAACUUAAAAAGACAAUAGAAUUUUAAAAAUAAGUCUUACUUUAAGAAUAAAUGUUAAUAUAACAGUAAUAGCUAGAAUAAAAUUAUAAAGAAGCAAAUGAUUUGCUUAAUGAAUUUAAGGAAUCUCAUGAAAAGAUUCUAAUUUCAAGUUAAAGUUAAUUAGAAUCAUUAUAAACAACAAAUGAACAAUAUAAGACUUUAUUAAAAAAGAUUUCAGAUGAAAAUUAUUUAUUUUAAGAAGAACUUAAAUAAAUUGAAUUAUAGAAAAAAAAACUUACUGAAUCUUUAAGUAAAUAAGCCAUAGAAAUCAAUUAAAAAUUAGGAUUAAAUAUUUAAUUAAAAUAAGAAUACUCUAAAUAAACAACAAAUACAAUUAAUGUAGUUACAGAUUAUGCAAAUUAAAUAAUAGGAGAUUUGAGAUCAAAUUAUGAAAUUGAAUAAGAAAGAAAAAAGAGAUAGGAAUAAGAAAUUGUUAAAGAACUCAAAUUAUAAAGAGAUUAAAUGACUUCAAUUUUUGAAGCUUUGAAUUCUUUAUCUAAAGAUAUGAAAUCAUAAAGAAAAAGUUCAAUUCCUUAUUAACCUAUCGAUACACAUGAUACAAAUAUACCUAUAUAAUAGGUUUAUUAAUUAUAAUAAUUUGUUGAUAAUAACUUUGAUAUUAUUGAUAUAUAAACAAUAAAGAAAUAAGAAUAUUAGUAAGAAUAAAUAAAAUAAGUUGAUUUAAAUAAUAAUAAAGAAUAAUUUGAUGUAUUUUCUUUAUAUAAUGAUAAAUAACAUAAUUAAAUACUCUAAUAAGAAUAGAAUGAUUAAAUAGAUUAAUAAUAAUAAUAAUAAGUAGAAAAUUUUGGAUUUAGUGAUAAUGUAUAAGUUUAAUUAAGUUAAUAAUAAUAAACAGAAGAUAAUAAUAAGAUUGAUGAUAAUAAUAUUAAUAGAAAUAUUGAAGAUCAUCAUGAAAUCUAAUAGUAAUAAGAUUAAUAAAUAAAUAUUGAAUUUGAUUAAUCUACUUAAUUUGAAAAUUAAGAUGAAAUAGAACAUAAAGGAUUUGAUAUUAAAUUUGAAGAUGGAUUUGGUGUUCAUUUUGAUAAAAGAAAUUCUAAUGAGUAAAAUCCAUCUAUAAAUUUUGAUUAAAAUUUUGUAUUUGAUUAAGAAAUAAAAUAAGUAGAUGAAGUUUAAAUUGAUUUUGAUGCUAAUAAAGAAUUUGGUGGAGGUGAUUGGACAGGAUUUGGUGAUAAUUUUGUUAAAGGAUCUCAACCAUAAUAGGAUGAAUUUUAAACAUUUAAAUGGUGA